AUGCAGUGUCCGCAGAUCGCGCUGGUGGUUCCCCCCGGCCUCGAGGCCCUGCUGGAGGCAGUGACCCGGGCUGUGCUAGAAAGGAACCCGGAAAACAUGAUUGAGUUUUUUUCUCUCUAUUUCCAAGAGCUCGUCAGCUUUCAAAAAGGAAGGAAAUCUACCCCUGAAUCCGAUGGAGCUUUAUCCCCUGCUGCCCAAGAGCUAAGUAGCAGUGAUUCCCUAUGUUCUGUGAAGGAUGUGGCAACCAGUGUGCAGACCCUUGAAGAAGACUCUCAGGCCUCAGAGGGUGAACGUACACCAGUGGAAGAGGCUGCUGAAGAUGCUCCCCCUGUCGCACCAGCUAGGGCUUCUGUGGAGUCUGUGAAGUCCCAGCCCUCCACAGCUGGAAAACAAGGGCCUUCAGACACCCAGGCUGAUGUCUCAACAACUGAUGAAAAUAAAGCUCCCUCGGUGGUCCCUUUGCAGGAAGAACCAGCACCACCAGCUCUUCCUGAAGAUACGUCGGAGCCUGUGCCCAUCUGCAGCAAAGGUAAGGUUCCCUCUGCCACUGGAGCUCUAUCUGUGUGCUGGGGAGGUGGGACAAUUACAGAUGCAGAGCUUCCACCUCGGCUGGAGCAGUUUCCGCAGGAAAGAAUCAUUCCCUUUGUUGACCAAACAGCUUCUCUGGAGGCAGUCACGACUUCAGAAGACAGCUCAGUGCUGAGCUCUGGUGAUGUGUUACAGAGUCCUGCUGCUGUGCUGGUUUUACAUAUUGGCCAACGCUUGCUGGUCGAGAGAGAAAGCAGACCUCUUGAGAAUGGGGAUGAGGGACUGGAAAUGAAGACAUCAGAGCUUCCUGUGGAGUCCAAGCAAAAGGACGUGUGUGCUGACAGAGAGGAUGACCAUCUCCCAGAAGAACCUAACAUUCAAUAUAGCUCCAAAGAAACUCAAUACCCAUCAGUUGCCGGUUCCAUUGGAGGAAGCAAAUCUACCCCUGGAUCUGAUGGAGCUUUAUCUCCUGCAGAACCUGAACCAGCGUGUGUCCCUGCUGAGCCUGCACAGCCUGCUGAGCCAGCACCGCUUGCUGAGGACGUGAGAGGUAGCAGUGAUUCCCUAUGUUCUGUGAAGGAUGUGGCAACCAGUGUGCAGACCCUUGAAGAAGACUCUCAGGCCUCAGAGGGUGAACGUACACCAGUGGAAGAGGCUGCUGAAGAUGCUCCCCCUGUCGCACCAGCUAGGGCUUCUGUGGAGUCUGUGAAGUCCCAGCCCUCCACAGCUGGAAAACAAGGGCCUUCAGACACCCAGGCUGAUGUCUCAACAACUGAUGAAAAUAAAGCUCCCUCGGUGGUCCCUUUGCAGGAAGAACCAGCACCACCAGCUCUUCCUGAAGAUACGUCGGAGCCUGUGCCCAUCUGCAGCAAAGGUAAGGUUCCCUCUGCCACUGGAGCUCUAUCUGUGUGCUGGGGAGGUGGGACAAUUACAGAUGCAGAGCUUCCACCUCGGCUGGAGCAGUUUCCGCAGGAAAGAAUCAUUCCCUUUGUUGACCAAACAGCUUCUCUGGAGGCAGAGAAUGGGGAUGAAGGUUUGCAAGAGAAGGCAUCAGAGCUUCCUGAGGAGUCUGAGCAAAAGGACGUGUGCACUGACACAGCGGAAGACCAUCUCUUUGAAGAACCUGAUAUUCAAUAUAGCUCCCAAGAAACUCAAUGCCCAUCAGUUCCCGCUUCCGUGGCAGGAAGGAAAUCUAGCCUUGGAACUGAUGGAGCUUCAUUCCCUGCAGGACCUGAACUGGCUUAUGUCCCUGCUGAGCCUGCACAGCUUGCUGAGCACGUGCGAGCCAUGGCAUCAAGUGCAGCAGGACAACCACCACCACAUUCUAAUGUGUGGACCCUCUAUUGCCUAACUGACUUGAGACAAGGUCAAAAACCACCACCAUCCCUUCCUUCUGCUGGAGCUGGUGUUGCUUAUUUCCAGGCAACCCUCUGCCCUUCCAGGGGGGGAGAUCAACAUUGUGCUCCAAUUUAUGUGGUGCAAGAAGACGGCAAGAAGGGAGAUGCACCACCUUUCAUUUUAGUGGGCUCUAAUGUUCAGAACACACAGGACUGGAAACCUGUUCCUAGCCAUGCUGUCUUUGUACAGCAAGAUGCAGGUGCUAGGAAGAGAUUAACUACAGUCCCAAUCCCAGUCGCCAGACCCGCUGAUGAGGAAACAGACAGUUCUAAAUCUGCAGAGGAAACUGGGGCCAAGCCCUGCACACCCACUGUUGUCUCAGUUGCCAUCCCUCUGGCUGAUGUGAUGGCUGCAAAGAGAGGCUCACCUGCUGGUGAGAAGCACACAGGUAUAAAUGCUCUUGCAGAAAGUUCUGGUGCUGCAGGGUAG